CUAUUCCAGCAGUUCACGAGAUAUGAUAUCUUCACCUACAAGUCUCAGAUACUCUUUCAAAAGAUCACAAGCAAUUCUCUUCAAUUUAAAAUAACCGCACAAAAAUAUUAACAUUAAAGCAGUCGAUGGUAUUUAUUAAAACAACAAAAACUGUUCAGGCUCCAAAUCAAGUAGAGCAACUGUUAUCUAUUUCCGACGGAAGUGAAUAAAGCAACAAACAGCACACGCUUUGUAUGUUCUGUUCUCUCUCAGUCAUGGCUCAACCAUGUGUUCUUCGGUCUCUGUAUCGAUCUAUAAAACGGAGUAGUCAAAUAUUUCCUGGAUUAAACUUCUCAGUCUGUCGUCAUCUGCUCAGUGAUGCAUAUCAAUGCCAAACAAAAUGGGAAGAAAGAAUGAAUUCUCAGGAACUUCAAGUCCCUUGUAAUGAUUUCCUCUACAAAUUAGCUGAAAAAGCUGAAAAAGAAAAGAAUAUUUCAUUUGUUGACAUUGAUAUUUUGGCUAACAAAGUAGAUGAACUAGAAGCUAGCGAUAUAAAGAAAGUUGAAAAACUUCUGUACAGGUUCCGUCACAGUGUUGAUGCUGCAAACAUUACUGACUCUUUAGCCACAUCCCUGGCUCGUGGAUACUUAAAACUUGGACUGGCUGAAAAUUAUCUCUCCUUGAUGAAGAAAAAAAUUGCAUAUGGAAUCUUUCCUGAUUUUCCCACAUCAAAUAUUCUUAUGGACCAUUUCAUUAAAACUGGAAAAUAUGGCUGUGCCGCUCAGAUCGCCUAUGAAAUGAUGCUUCAGGAAGAUUUUAGCCAUCGGUCUACUCUCUUGUUGUCCCUUUAUUCAUGUGUCAAGUUUCUGUUAUCUUUACCCAAACAGUCAAAGGCUUGCGAAGAUGUUCAAGAGGAAAAAGCUGAAGUGGAAGUUGAGGAAAUUUGGGUAAAAGUGAAAUACAUGAACAAGCCUUACUAUGAUGACCAUUUUGAUAUCACAGAACCCCAGCUUCUAUUGGGCAAAACACUGAUAAUGAUUGGUAAAGAAUUGUCUGACCAUAACCUAUUAAGCUGUUCCUUACAAACAUAUGGAUUUGCUCUAUAUGAAAAAUUUAAUAAAGGGCUGUUAUUUCUUGAGAAACUGCUUGCUGGUCCCAAGGUGCCAUGUCUGUAUAAAUCUGCCUUAGAAAAAUUUCAAGAGUGUUUGGAAUUUUGCAAAGUGAAGGACCCAAAUUUAGCCAAGAAAGAACUUGGAUUAUUACGAAAGCAUGACAGCAGGGAAGAAAUAAGAUUAUCAGCUGAAGAGAAGGAACUUCAUUUGGACAAAUUUAAGACGUUGUUUGAACAACUCACUGCUGGAGGUUAUGUUGUCGAAAACUGCGAUCAAUUUGAAAAAGAAGUAGACAGUAUUGUCAACACAGAGUUACCGGCCCUUGAACAGGCAGAUAUUGACCAACAGGUCAGUAACUUCUCUCUAUGGACCAAAGAACGAAGUCGUUUGUUAGAGGAACAAAUUGAUGCUUACCAAAGAGCAGCCAAACGGAAAGAGAUCGAAACUAAACUACUCGAGAUUCAAGAGAAAGAAGAAAUCCUGACAUUUUUUGAAAGGAAACAUGAAUUACAACUUGCUGUUCUAAUUGGCGAGAAGAAACAGGGGCAAAUUAGUCCGUCUCUUUCCAAGGAGAAAUCCUUGGAAGAUGAACUUAAUUAUGAUGAACAAUUUAAAAAGAUCAAAGAGCCUAGUAAGAAAAAGAAACGAUGAAAUAUUUGGCAUUUUCAUUUGUCUGUUGAAGUUUAUUAUCUGUUGCUAGUAGUUUUUCAAAUAAAAAAAAAAGCAUUAUUUCC